AAGCUGAUCUCCACAGACAGCGGACACGGAGAUGAUCCCAUUAGCGCUGGCUGCAGCGGCACAUGCUCAGUUAUGCUUGUUGAAGGGGAUCUCAGUAGGCUGUGCGUGAACACUGAGGUCAUCGCCUGCGCUGAGGAAAAAAUACUCAGCGCAGCCUCCAUUUUGAGUAGUAUGAAAUAGAGGAAAGCAUAGUUUUGAGCCGCCGCCGCCGCAGCAAACAAACUGUAAACAUUAGCGAAACAGCCUCUGCCAUGGACGACCUGUUCAGUCCGCGAAGGCGUAAUUUUUUUUAGUAUUUACCUGUGGAAUGUUGGCUGCAGUUGAACAGCACACAAGGAGAGAUUCGAGUGGGACCAAGUCAUCAGGCCAAGCUACCUGAAUUACAGCCGCCACCUGCUCAUGGAACAGAGUCUGUCACAGAAAAUGAGGAGCUGGUGUGGGCACCUGGGGUCAAUGACUGUGACCUUCUCAUGUACCUACGGGCUGCCAGGAGCAUGGCAGCUUUUGCAGGGAUGUGUGAUGGAGGAUCAACGGAGGAUGGUUGUCUUGCGGCUUCCCGGGAUGAUACCACGUUAAAUGCUUUAAAUACGCUCCAUGAAAGCCAGUACGAUGCAGCCAAAGCCCUGCAGUGUCUGGUGAAGAAACCAGUUCCAAAACUCAUUGAGAAGUGCUGGUCGGAAGAUGAAGUGAAACGGUUUAUCAAAGGUCUCAGACAGUAUGGCAAAAACUUCUUUAAGAUCCGUAAGGAGCUACUUCCUAGUAAGAAAACGGGUGAGCUGAUCACAUUCUACUACUACUGGAAGAAAACUCCCGAAGCCGUGGCGUCACGACCUCAUCGGCAGCAGAGAAGGCAGCCGGUGUCUCGCAAAGUGAAAACUCGCAACACAACAGCUGCAGCCAAUGCAACAUCUCGCACUUCUUCCAUGGAACUUAGUUCAGCGAGUGAAGAUGAUCUGGACAGUGAGGAUAGUGAGCAGGGUGGCAAAGGUCAAGCCUGCAGUCACUGUCUGACCACUAACUCCAAAGACUGGCAUCAUGGAGGGAGAGACAAUGUCUUGCUGUGCUCUAGUUGCCACUCUCACUUCAGCAAGCAUCGGCGCCUGCCGCCUGUUCCCAAACCAGCAGAUCCACCCUACCUCUUCAAACCUGUCAAAGAAGAGGAAGAGGGAGUUAGACAUGGGAUGAAGACCCGUCGGAGUCGGGUGCCACCACAUAUGUCAUCACUUCGAAGUGGUCGCAACAGACCAACCGGAAGUCCAGACAGGGGCAUGUCUCCCACCCUCGAGGAUGUGCGAUCUAAUGGACAGUCCCCCAGAGCCAGUUCCACUGCUAUGGCAACCAGGGCUUCCAGCUCUGAUAUCAAGAAUGGAGUGGCUGGGAAGACCAACAAGAAGAUAAAAGUAGAGGCAUCUAUAGUAAAGGGUGUGAAAAGACAGAGAGAGUCAGCAGCUCCAGAUGCUGAUGAGCCUGAAAGGAAAAACAUGAAACGACCCAAGAAUCAUGAGGGGCCUGAUUCUCCAUCAGAAGGUGAGGGUGAAGGCGAGAGCUCCGAUAGCCGCAGCGCCAAUGAUGAUGGCAGCAGUGAUACUAAAGACAUUGAUCAGGACAACCGCAGUUCCUCCCCCAGCCUGGCCAGUCCCCUGCAGGCCAACGAAAGCGACUCGGACUCCCCAGCACCGCCCCCUGCACCAGGCCCAAACCCACAAACCCAGCCCCAGCAGCCUGCUGCGACCCCAACAACACAUGCCCCCUCUGAAACACCGUCAUCUCCUCAGCCCUCUCUGCCUGUAUCCUCAUCCGCACCUUCACCUGGAGCUCCUACCACCACCUCGAAGGCACCAUCCGUAGAGGUUUCCCAGGAGGUGCCAUCUCCAACUUCUUUCAGAACUGGUCCCAGGGGACCCGAAACCCCCACCUCUUAUUCAAACUCCUCGUCUCAGCAGGGGCAGUGUCCUGGGCAGGGGCAGUCGUUCCCUGUGCCGCCCCAUUAUCAGCACAAUCCAGGUCAGCUGCAGAAUCCUUCAUCUGGAGCGAAUCAGCCACCAGGGUUUUCUUCCAGACCACUGCACCUUCAAAGAGAGAGCCCUCUUCCUCCUCUUCCCCCUACAGCAGCAUCCCAAAUCAAGCCCCCUCCAACCACUCCAAUUCCACCUUCUCACAAGCAGCCCCCUCACCUUUCUGCACCUCCACCCCAUUUCCUGCAGAUCCACCCCAAUCUGCCUCCACCUCCUGCUCUAAAACCGCUUGCUUCCCUGCCCUCACAACACUUGCCUUGUUCCCAGCCUCCUCCAUUGCAUAUAAUUCCACAAAAUCACCCCGCUCAACCUUCCGUUCUGACUCAGUCGCAGAGCCAGCAGGUCAAAGGUCAUACUAAUAGUGCCCCUCCAGCUGCAGCUAGUUCUCACCCAUUGCUUCCCCAAAAUCGUCCUGCUACGGAAUCCACUGCUUCAUUCCCUCUGUACGCUUCUCCCAUCCCUGCCCAUCAGCCCUCCACAUCCUCCUCAGCAAGCACUCCAGUCGGACAGGCUCAUAUCAAAGAGGAGCCAAUUGAUGAGGAGGAAGAGUGCGAUAGUCCGCCUCCCCCUCGCAGAAGUCCCUCUCCUGUACCGACAGUGGUUGACAUACCCAGUCAUGCAAGUCAGUCAGCAAGAUUCAUCAAACACCUCAACCGAGGUUACAACUCCUGCUCUCGCACAGACCUGUACUUCACUCCACUGGCCUCUUCAAAACUGGCCAAAAAACGAGAGGAAGCUGCUGAAAGAUCCAGAAGAGAAGCAGAGCUGAGCGCUCGACAGGGACGAGAGAGAGAAAGAGAAAGAGAGCGUGAGAGGGAAAGAGAAAGAGAGCGGGAGCGAGAAAGGGAGAGAGACUCUGAUAAAGCCUCUCGUGCUUCAAGCUCAUCCCAUGAUGGCCGAAUAGGUGACCACCUGCUAGCUGCCCAUGUGCAACCAGGCCGUCCGCCAUUCGAACCUCCUCCCCCCACCACCGUGGCUGCAGUUCCACCAUAUCUCGGCCCUGACACUCCAGCCCUCCGCACACUCAGCGAGUACGCCCGCCCCCACGUCAUGUCGCCCAGCAACCGCAACCAUCCUUUCUUCAUGUCACUUGGGCCCGGCGAGCACCUGCUAGCUUAUCACAUGCCAGGGCUGUACGCAGCAGACCCAGCCCUUCGAGAGCGAGAGCUUCGUGAACUUCGAGAGAGAGAGAUCCGAGAAAGAAUGAAGCCCGGAUUUGAGGUGAAACCGCCGGAGCUGGAGAACCCACUUCAUCCAUCGGCAAAUCCCAUGGAGCAUUUUGCCCGGCAUGGAGCACUGCCUCUGCCUCAUGUGGCUGGGCCUCACCCCUUCGCCCAGUUCCACCCAGCCAUGGAGCGCAGCAUAGCGGCACCCCCUCGGCCGGAAAUCAGCUACGCUGAGCGUUUGACAGCUGAACGGCUCCAUGCUGAAAGGAUGGCCUCUGUUGCUGCUGGUGACCCUGUUGCACGGCUACAGAUGCUCAAUGUUACACCACACCACCACCAGCACUCACAUAUACACUCCCAUCUUCAUCUGCACCAACAGGACCCUCUCAAUCAAGGCCAAGGGCCUCAUCCUCUGGUGGACCCAUUGGCUGCUGGCCCCCCUCUGGCACGAUUCCCCUACCCACCUGGUGCCAUCUCCAACCCCCUACUCAGUGAGUUACCCCAUGAGCAUGAAAUGCUCCGCCACCCUCUGUUUGGAACACCAUUCCCCAGAGAGUUACCAGGACCCCUGGCUCCUAUGUCAGCUGCGCAUCAGUUGCAGGCGAUGCAGGCACAGUCAGCAGAACUGCAGAGGCUGGCACUGGAGCAGCAGUGGCUACAUGGACAUGCACACUUACAUAGUGCUCCUCUCCCCAGCCAAGAAGACUACUACAGUACAUGUUGUUCUGUUGUCUCUUUGACAGCCGUCUGAAGAAAGAGGGAGACAAGCAGUCCUGAAAUGAACAAAUCCUCCACUGUGGAUUACAGAGAGAUUCUGUGUUCAGGGUAUCAGACCUUAUAUUUCAGAAAACCCAGCGUGGGUUUAUCCCUGUUUUGGCACUUAUAAACCUUUGACCGACUCCUUUGUGCUAUAUGAAAUAACUAGCCUUUUGGAGCACACUGAAUUUUCUUUCCUUGCAUGAACACUAUUUAGAAAUUUCUGUAAUGUAGAAGUUUCUGUAAUAAAUGAAAUUCCCAUGUAACGUCAUUAUUGUGCUAAAAGCACAAUAUUGUAGAUUUACUAAGUAUUUGAAAAGUGCUGUCCAAUAUCCAGAGUUUAUCACAAUUUAGUUUCAAAGUUUAUUGAAACACUCGUUUUAAGAUUGUAAAUAUUAUAUGUUUAAAAUAAUAUAUUAACUGUUGAAAUUUAAAAGUUGCAAUGAUAGAUUUGGAUACAAAAACUUCAGAUGACCUGUGUGCAAGAAAUGCAUGCUUUACAUACUCUGUCCUUCCCUUUCUCUGACAGCCUCUUCAUCUAUACCUCAGAGCGCUCAUCAAUAUACAGUAAACCCCACAUUUAGUAAACUCCACAAUACCUUAUUCUUUCAGCAGUUUAGCUUUUUUAAUUUAAUAAUGUAGACCAAAUUCAGGCUGAGUAUUAGUAUGAUGACUGUAGUGUUGUCUAGCUCUGCAGAACAGUCGCUUCACUGCCAUGGUCAUACGAUGCUGUGGAAGACCGAUCAGGCCGACAGUCUCGUGCUUGCAGUGUUUAAGGACACAAUUUGAUAGAGCAGGUCAGUUCCUGGGUCAACCCUACUUGGCACAGAAGUUUAGGAUGUUCAUUUAUAAAGAGGGACCUGCACUUAGCAAUAAAAUGCAUAUGGCAUAUUUGAUGGUAUCCUCACUACCAGCUUCAAUCCUAGCAUGUGCACUCAGCCAAUUAAACAACUGGGCUACUGCUGAGUAAGUUACCUUUUCAUAGUCAGGCUGGUUGGGAAAGAGCACAGCAUUCUCACAAUAAGGUGAAAUUCAUUAUAAACACAAUAGAGAGAGAAAGAGUAAUAUUGUGAUGGUUUAAUGCAAUACAAGUGUAUUGUUGUGCACUACUAUUAAUUGUUAAAAUAACAAUAGAAUACAUGAAAUGGAGUGCCAUCGUUUUGAAGAGUGUUAUCUGUUAAUGCCGUUAUUGUGGAACUUUGAUGGGUCUUUUUUUUUUUUCAAAACUGCCAAAAAGUCAUUAUUUUCUUCGAGUUGACACUAAACAUUUGUACUAGCAUUUUACAACGUAUAUGGAUAUUUUUAAUGGGAAAUAUUUUCUCAUUUUAGUAUCCAUGUCUUUAUGCAUACUUGUCUUCACAUGCACAGUAUUGUUUGGUUGCAAAUACCUUAUAGUUGGAAUUUUUUUUUCAAAACUUUCAUUUGAAUGAUAAAUGCAUGCAUAUUACAAACAGCUUGAAUCAUUUUUACUCAUCCAUUAACACAUGAACUCAGAUCUUUGAAUUUUUUCAUCAGUAAAUUUUCUUUUAGUAAUAUAUUAACUUGUUUUUUGUAAGCAUAAUUUUUGAGGCUGUUUUAUAUACAUUUAUCACACUGUCGUCAAUCUUUGCUUUUGUGUGAUAGAAAUAUUUGACAUUAAGCAGCUGUCAUAUUUUUCUGGCACUUUCUGAUACCUCCUUGACUUCCAACUAUAUUUUAUGUGCAAAUUUAUAUUCUUCAUGACGUGCUCAAAUCAGUUUCUUCACUGAAAAACUAUAUGAACUUUUUUUUUAAGCUUUGGCCGCAUGAUGUUUUUGCAUUUAAUAGAUACAUCUAGAGUGAUUAUCAUUGAAAAUGUUUUUUAUAUGUACACUGCAAAAUAGUUUACUUGUGAAUUACAUAAAUAUGUAUAGCACAGCUUGAGUCCUGAAUAUAACUGACGCAAAACUUACCAGUUGUCAUUUCUGGUCCAUAUCAACAUAAUAUCUAAAGCAAUAUAUGUCUUCUAACUGAACAAGUGUUUGUACGGAAAAAAAACUAAUGUUUCCUCCUUUGCUUUGUAUGCUUUUCUUUAACAAAAUUGUCCUUUGAUAAGUUAUUUAUUGAUUGAACACCUAUUUUGUAACCUGAAUAUAUUAAACAUGAAAAUAUUAGACUGUUAGUAAAUAUGGAAUACAAUCUAAUAUGUGUAUUUACUAAAGUGUUUGUUGUGAAUUUGUGCAAAAUUAACCCUUUCCUGUACACUGGCCCCUUGUGAGAAAUCCUCAGAAAGCUCUAAUACUAGAUUUUUAUGGUUCAUCCUUCUUUUACGUAUCGCCGCAAGUACUGGAUUGCAGAUAUCGCGCUCACGUUUGCCAGAAGAGCUGAGAAAUAAUAGAGGGAAAAAGGAUCAUGUUACUUUUGUGUGCUCAUAUUAUCUGAAUAAAUUGCCUAAUUUAAUAUGUAA